CUUGAGAGCAAAAUCAGCUUUGAAAAACUUACGGAGUGGACCAGCCCAAAUGUGAUGGAGAAGAAGAGAGUGAAAGUGUGCCUCCCGCGCAUGAAGAUUGAGGAAAAAUAUAACCUCACAUCUGUCUUGGUGGCCUUGGGCAUGACCGACCUGUUCAGCCCUUCGGCCAACCUGUCUGGCAUCUCCUCAGCAGAGAGCCUGAAGAUAUCCGAGGCCAUCCAUGAGGCGUACAUGGAAGUCAAUGAAGAGGGCUCCGAGAUGGCUGGCUCAGCAGGUGUGAUGGGAGACUUCAAGCAUUCCCCUGAAACUGAAGAGUUUAGGGCUGACCAUCCUUUCCUUUUCUUGAUCAAACACAAUCUGACCAACAGCAUCCUCUUCUUCGGUAGAUAUUGUUUCCCCUAA